ACCAAGCGAAAGUGGGAGUCGCUAGCGUCCUGGCCAUGAACACAGCCUUGCGUUCUUCUGGGUGCUGGAAACACCGUCUGCCUCUGUAACUCGUUCCUGCCGCAAGCCAGACUCGUACAGGACCGACACUCGCACCACUUGGCACCGCCACGCUCGCGGCUUCUCUUUGCUUUCCCCGUUUUUCCUGUUCUGUGGUUUAUCUGGUGGUGCUUGGGUUUGGGGUGAGAAUUUAUUAUUAUUUUUUCCUUUGAGGUGCGAAUGUGAGGGUUUGGUGACUUUUAGAUGUCUAGGGACAAGGGUGGGCACAGGGGCCCCAGGCAGGGCUGAUUCUUGGGCGGAGGAGGGUAGGGUAGGGGGUUCUGCAUGAGCUCCUUAAAGGACAAAGGUAACAGAGCCAGCGAUAGAGCUCGAAGGGAGACUUUGACUUCAAACCACAGAACUGGUGGAAGUGUGCGCGCCGCCGCCGUCGUUCCUGCAACGCUGUCGACCUAGCCACCUGCAUCAUCCCGAGCUCCGGGAUCCCGGGGUAGGCGACGCGGGCGAGCAGAAGCGCCAGCCGGCUGCGGCUGCCCAAGCGGCUUACCAUGGGCUCCGGGCGCCGGGCGCUGUCCGUGGUGCCGGCCGUUCUGCUGGUCCUCACGCUGCCGGGGCUGCCCGUCUGGGCGCAGAACGACACGGAGCCCAUCGUACUGGAGGGCAAGUGUCUGGUGGUAUGCGACUCGAACCCGGCAACAGACUCCAAGGGUUCCUCUUCCUCCCCUCUGGGGAUAUCGGUCCGGGCGGCCAACUCCAAGGUCGCCUUCUCGGCGGUGCGGAGCACCAACCACGAGCCAUCUGAGAUGAGCAACAAGACGCGCAUCAUCUACUUUGAUCAGAUCCUAGUAAAUGUGGGUAAUUUUUUCGUUAACCUGAUGUUAAAUGGAAAACCAGUAAUAUCUGCCUUUGCUGGGGACAAAGAUGUUACUCGUGAAGCUGCCACUAAUGGAGUCCUACUCUACCUAGAUAAAGAGGAUAAAGUUUACCUAAAACUGGAGAAAGGUAAUUUGGUUGGAGGCUGGCAGUAUUCCACGUUCUCUGGCUUUCUGGUGUUCCCUCUAUAG